AUGGGUCAAAACCAGUCUGGAAUGGGAGGUGGCGGUCCCGGGGAUGGCAGGGACGAGAAGGACAAGAAGAAGGACAAGCCAAAGUACGAACCUCCGCCGCGGCCGACAACUCGUGUUGGGCGUAAGAAGAGAAAGGCCGGUGGCACCAGCGCGGCGGCCAAGCUCCCUGCAGUAUUCCCGACGAGCAGAUGCAAGCUACGGCUUCUCCGUAUGCAGCGUAUUCAUGACCACCUAUUGCUCGAGGAGGAAUAUGUCGAGAACCAGGAACGCCUGCGCAAGGCCAAGGCAGCCAAGGACAACAAUGCACCGGCCUCUGAUCUGGAUGCUGGCAGCGACCGGCUGGCCGAUGAGCGAGGUCGUGUCGACGACAUGCGUGGCAGCCCGAUGAGUGUCGGCACGCUGGAGGAAAUGAUUGACGACGACCAUGCCAUCGUGUCCAGUACGACUGGCCCGGAGUAUUACGUCAGCAUCAUGAGUUUUGUGGACAAGGACCUGCUGGAGCCCGGAGCCAGUGUUCUGCUGCACCACAAGAGCGUCAGCAUUGUGGGUGUUCUGACGGACGACACGGACCCAUCGGUCAGCGUGAUGAAGCUGGACAAGGCGCCUAUAGAGUCGUACGCAGACAUUGGAGGACUCGAAGCCCAGAUACAAGAGGUCCGCGAAUCUGUGGAGCUGCCUUUGUUGCACCCAGAGCUGUACGAGGAGAUGGGCAUCAAGCCUCCCAAGGGCGUCAUUCUCUACGGCGCACCUGGUACUGGCAAGACGCUGCUGGCCAAGGCCGUCGCCAAUCAAACAUCGGCCACAUUCCUGCGCAUCGUGGGCAGCGAGCUGAUCCAGAAGUACCUGGGCGAUGGCCCACGUCUCGUCCGGCAGCUCUUCCAGGUCGCUGCGGAAAAUGCGCCUUCGAUCGUGUUCAUUGACGAGAUUGACGCCAUCGGCACGAAGCGGUACGAAUCGACAUCGGGAGGUGAGCGCGAGGUGCAGCGGACGAUGCUGGAGCUCCUGAACCAGCUGGACGGCUUCGACGACCGUGGCGACGUGAAGGUGAUCAUGGCGACAAACAAGAUCGAAUCACUUGAUCCGGCCUUGAUCCGGCCGGGACGUAUCGACCGGAAGAUCUUGUUCGAGAACCCGGACCAGAACACAAAGCGCAAGAUCUUCACGUUACACACGUCCAAGAUGUCUCUGAGCGAGGGCGUGGACCUAGAGGAGUUCAUCGCGCAGAAGGACGAUCUGUCUGGUGCCGACAUCAAGGCGAUUUGCUCCGAGGCUGGUCUCAUGGCUCUGCGGGAGCGGAGAAUGCGCGUUCAGAUGGCCGACUUCCGGGCUGCUCGGGAACGUGUUCUUCGCACGAAGCAAGAGGGUGAGCCGGAGGGCCUGUAUUUGUAG